GAUGGCAGCGGACGGACAGUGCUCGCUCCCCGCUUCAUGGCGGCCGGUGACCCUCACCCACGUCGAAUAUCCUGCAGGUGACCUCUCUGGCCACGUCCUCGCCUACCUGAGCCUCAGCCCCGUAUUUGUCAUUGUUGGUUUUGUGACCCUCAUUAUAUUCAAGCGGGAGCUGCACACGAUCUCGUUCCUGGGGGGCCUGGCGCUCAACGAGGGGGUCAACUGGCUGAUCAAACACGUCAUCCAGGAGCCACGGCCCUGUGGAGGCCCCCACACGGCAGUGGGCACCAAGUACGGGAUGCCCUCCAGCCACUCCCAGUUUAUGUGGUUCUUCUCCAUCUAUUCCUUCCUUUUUCUGUAUUUAAGAAUGCACCAAACGAACAACGCCAGGUUCCUGGACUUGCUGUGGAGGCACGUGCUCUCACUGGGUCUCCUCACCGUGGCCUUUCUAGUCUCCUACAGCAGGGUCUACCUGCUGUACCACACCUGGGGCCAAGUGCUGUACGGGGGCGUCGCUGGGGGCCUGAUGGCCGUCGCCUGGUUCGUCUUCACCCAGGAGGUCCUCACCCCGCUGUUCCCUAGGAUAGCAGCCUGGCCUGUCUCUGAGUUCUUCCUAAUCCGAGACACGAGCCUUAUUCCCAACGUCCUCUGGUUUGAAUACACAGUAACCCGGGCAGAAGCCAGGAACAGACAGCGCAAGCUGGGGACAAAGCUGCAGUGACGGGUGAGCAUGGCUGGCUCCAGCCUCCAGAUCUGGCCUGCAUGAUGCCUUGCAGGAUGGAUGGGAUGACAGAGGGAUGAAGCAGAGACCUUUACAGAUCCAAGUCACCAAGCGGAGCCUUUUUUUUGCUUAUUUUAAUUUUGAUGAACAAAGUGGACCAAAGGGCUGAGCCAGCCCCUCAGCCAGGACCCUGGAGGGCCUGCUGCUGGGGGGCGGUGGGGACUCAUGGCCAGAGACGCUCGCAGUGCUGCUGCCAGUCCCCGGUUGGGCAGAGAGUGCCCUUGGCAUGGGCACUGGGGUGUGGGGUAGAGAAAGACGGCUCGCACCUCUGGUCACAGGGCCAGGAAAUCCAGGUGGCGUGAAAAAUGCACACUAUUUAUUUUUGGGUUUUGUCAAAGGCAGAUGGGAUUUUGGAGAGGAGGCUAGAAGAGCCUGCUGUGCGGGGGCCUCCCUGCGUACUGAGGGGCCCAGGUCAGCUCCCCAGGCCCUUUGCCCUGGGCCCGAGAGGUGGCCUGCCUGGGGGCCCUGGGGGAGGGAGCAUCCCCACGCCUUUCCUGCCGCCAAUGCUAUUCCAGAACCUCGGUCAGUGUUUCCUGCGUGGGCCCGGGCCCAGAGAGAGCGCGCGUCUGGCGCUGCUGUCCUUGUGUCCUGCCCGCAUCAACCCUGCACCACAAGGGCUUUCUCUGGUCCCCUGUCCCCAAGACAGUGGUCCCUCUCUGACAAAAAGAGCCUGCACAUGUGGGUGAGCAAACCCAAGCUGUUUACAGCUCUUUCCUGUCCCACCGUCCGGUAGCGGUUCGUCUUCAUCUCCACCCAAACUGCAGAGGGAGUGGGAACUGGCAAGAGGAGUGAGGUGGUGGUGUCUACAGUCAUGUCCCCCCCAGCCUGCCCUCUGUGUGCUCUGAGCAUUCCUCAUCCUUCCCACCCUCUCCGAGAGGUUGGGAACCUGCUUGGGUCGCCCUGGCCUGUGUCUGGGGUGUGACUCGCAGAUCCCCAGGGCCCAGCUCGGAGGCCAGUUCCUCCCAAUCUUGAUGUCUCUUUGAAAUGGAGUUUUGGAGAGGAGAUGCUUCCAAACUCGGAAGCUUCUAGAGCUGAACCAGGCCGCUCAGGAUCUGCGUUCCGAUCCCCAUCCUCCCCACCCCCCUCCACCACCUUUUCUUUAUGGAGGUUAUUAACCUGCUGCUGAAGCACAAUAUUUUGGUGCUUUCUUUUCUCAUUUGUUCGAGACAGUGUCCAAAGCCAUUCCAGACGCCAGGACCAGGGGCCUAAUUUUGGGGAAGGUUGGUUGGUCCCCACGUUUUCCUUUCCUUCCCUUAUUUUUAUUUUUUACUUUUUUCUCCUGAGAUAAGCCAAGUGUGAGGUGGUUUGACUUAAGAAAAAUCAAUGAAAUUGUUUACUAUUGUUUUAAAAUAAAAUCUUGAACUCUG